AUGGGAUCCGAAUUAAAGGCAUCACACGGAGAGAAGAUAAAGAAGGAGAAGAAGGAGAAAAAGGAGAAGAAGGUGAAGAAGGAUAAGAAGGUGAAGAAAGAAAAGAAGGAAAAGAGGGAAAAGAAAGACAAGAAAGAAAAAAAAGAGAAGAAAGAAAAGGAUCACAAUGAAACUCCUCAGCCAGCUACUGAAGUAGACCAGGCCACCAUAGACGCUUACCUCAAGGAAAACGAAAUUUCUAUUGAUGAUCCUCAUAAUGCUGAAGUAUCGCCAAUCUUGAAUUUUUCCAUGUUGCAAGGCAUAGAAGAGAAGAUCAAGAACAAGAUUUCACAGUUCGACAAGCCAACUACCAUCCAAGCCGUUUCUUGGCCAUAUUUGUUGAAAGGAAACGAUGUGAUUGGUGUUGCUGAAACUGGGUCUGGUAAGACGUUUGCUUUCGGUGUUCCAGCUAUUAGCCAUGUUCUACAAAAGAAUUCCAAGGGACUUCAAGUCUUGGUAAUCUCUCCCACUAGAGAAUUGGCAGUACAAAUCUACGACAACUUGAAACAAUUAACAGAUUUGUGUGGACUUGAAUGCUGUUGUAUUUAUGGUGGCGUCUCCAAAGAUGAUCAAAGGAGACAAGUCAAGCAAUCACAGUGUGUAAUUGCUACCCCAGGGAGAUUGCUUGAUUUGAUGGAGGAGGGAUCUAUUGAUCUGACGGGAAUCAACUAUUUGGUUUUGGACGAAGCCGACCGUAUGCUAGAGAAAGGAUUUGAAGAAGCGAUCAAAUCAAUCAUGGCUAAUGUUAAUACAGACAGACAGACGCUGAUGUUCACGGCCACUUGGCCAAAGGAGGUGCGUGAGUUAGCAAGUCAUUUCAUGAAAUCUCCAGUUAAGGUCACCGUCGGGGACAGAGACGAGUUAUCAGCCAAUAAGAAAAUUACACAAAUUGUUGAAGUCAUCGACCCUUACGACAAAGAAAAGAAACUACUUCAAUUGUUGUCUAAGUACAGUAAAAAUGACGACAAGAUUCUAAUAUUCGCCUUAUACAAGAAGGAGGCCACACGAGUGGAGAGAACUUUAAACUAUAAAGGAUACAAGGUAUCUGCGAUUCAUGGAGACCUUUCACAACAGCAAAGGACCCAGUCUUUGAAUGAUUUCAAGACUGGCAAGUCCAGCCUCUUGUUGGCUACUGACGUUGCUGCCAGAGGACUUGACAUACCCAACGUCAAGGUUGUCAUCAACUUGACAUUCCCACUAACGGUUGAAGAUUAUGUCCAUAGAAUAGGUAGAACCGGUAGAGCUGGUAAGACCGGAAUUGCUCACACCCUUUUCACUGAACACGAAAAACAUUUAAGUGGAGCUUUACAAAAUAUUCUUAGGGGUGCCAACCAACCAGUUCCUGAAGAGCUGCUGAAGUUUGGGGGCCACACCAAGAGGAAGGAACACAGUGUUUAUGGUGCUUUCUUUAAGGACGUUGAUAUGAACCAAAAGGCUAAGAAGAUCAAGUUUGACUAG